AUGGCGCUGCUACUCCUCUUCCUCUUGAUCCAAGCUCCCUUCCAUGCUCAAGCAUCCGAAAACAUCACAUUAGGGUCCACGCUGACACCUCAAGGCCUAAACACCUCAUGGAUUUCAUCCUCCGGUGAAUUCGCGUUUGGCUUCCGCUCCCUCGAGAGCAACCCCGCUGUCUACCUCCUCGCCAUCUGGUUUAACAAGAUCGCCACCAAAACUGUUGUUUGGUACGACCACACCAACACAACAGUACCAGCUGGCUCCCAGCUGCAGCUCACACCUGGUGGCGUGCUUUCGCUCCAGGACCCUGCCGGUGAAUUGAUAUGGAAUCCCGGGGUGACCAACGUCGACCAUGCCAGCAUGCUCGACACUGGCAAUUUUGUGCUGUAUGGCAAAGAUGGCUCCAUCAAAUGGGAGAGCUUUGCAUCCCCAACUGACACCAUCCUCCCCUCCCAGGUGCUGCCUAAAGGGGCAGUCCUACACAGUCGGCUGAUGGACAACGACUACUUGGAUGGAAGGUUUGUUCUUAGCGUAGAGCUUGAUGGCAACCUAAGGUUUUACACCUUGGCUGUUUCCUCCAGUUCCCGCUAUGAUCCUCCAUAUUGGGAUUCUCACACAGGUGGAAAUGGUUCAAGCCUUGUGUUCAACACAACUGGCACCGUCUACUACACUAUAAAUUCUGGCCAACCAAUCAAAAUUACGUCAGAAAAUCUGGACUCACCGGCAGACUACUACAAACGUGCCACACUUGACGCAGAUGGCGUGUUCCGGCAAUAUGUGUACCCCAGGAAGGCAGCACAGAACAGUGUAUUGAACACGGAGUGGAGAGUUAUGGACUAUCUCCCACAGAAUUUCUGCAAGGUUAUCUCAGCAGAGAUUGGAAGUGGUGUCUGUGGGUUCAACAGCUACUGCAGCUUCAACCCAAACAAGAGUGUGGAAUGUGAGUGCCCACCGAAGUACUCAUUCAUCGAUAAUGAGAGGAAGUACAAAGGUUGCAAGCCAGAAUUUGCUCCACAUAGCUGUGACUUGGAUGAUACUGAAUCUAUGCAACAAUUCAGCCUCCUUCCAAUGAUCAAUAUCAAUUGGCCUUUCGGCGACUAUGAGCGGUACAGCCCCAUUGGUGAGGAUUAUUGCCAAAAACUUUGCUUAACUGAUUGCUUUUGUGUCGCUGCGGUGCACUAUAACAGUACUUGUUGGAAAAAGAGGAGCCCCUUGUCCAAUGGAAUGUCCGGUGCCAUAGUGGGAUCAGUUUUUCUCAAAGUUCCCAGGACUAGUACUCCUGGGUCCCAGUUGAGCAGUAACUCGAAUGCAUGGAAGAAAGAGAGAAGGUAUUGGAUACUGGGAAGUUCACUACUCCUUGGAGGAUCUGUCCUGGUUAUUGUUUUACUCAUCUCCGUUAUGUGUUUUGGAUCUUACCGCGUUAUUAGCCGAAAGAAGUCAACUCAGGUACAAUCAAUAAAUUAUGAGGCAUUGCCUCUUAGAGCAUUCACAUACAAGGAGAUUGAGCAGGCGACAGAUGGAUUUCGUGAAGAGCUGGGCAGUGGUGCAUCCGGUAUCGUAUACAAGGGCCAGUUGCAAGACGAGUUUGGGACUGGCAUUGCAGUCAAGAGGAUUGAUAAGAUGCUCGCAGAGACUGAGAAGGAGUUUGCCAUUGAGGUUCAAACCAUCGGAAGGACCUUCCACAGAAACUUGGUGCGGUUGCUCGGUUUCUGCGUUGAAGGAAGAGAGAGGCUUCUAGUGUAUGAGUUGAUGACCAAUGGCUCACUUAAUGGAUUCCUUUUCUGUGGUACAAGGCCAACCUGGAAUCUCCGCGUUCAAGUCGCACUUGGGGUGGCAAGAGGCCUGCUCUACUUGCAUGAGGAAUGCAACAGUCAAAUAAUCCACUGUGACAUAAAGCCCCAAAACAUCCUUCUUGAUGAGAAUCUCGUGGCAAAGAUCUCAGACUUUGGCCUAGCAAAGUUGCUCAGGAAAAAUCAGACACAGACGAACACGGGCAUCAGAGGAACUCGAGGGUACGUCGCACCCGAGUGGUUCAAAAACAUAGGGAUCACAUCCAAGGUGGACAUUUACAGUUUUGGGGUGAUCUUGCUGGAGAUUGUGAGUUGCAGACGGAAUGUGGAGCUAGAGAUAGCAGAUGAGGAACAAGCAAUACUGACAUAUUGGGCAAACGACUGCUACAGAAGUGGGCGGCUUGACUUGUUAGUGAAGGGUGAUGACGAGGCAAUCUUCAACAUAAACAAGGUGGAACGCUUCGUCGCUGUGGCAUUGUGGUGUCUCCAAGAGGAGCCGACAAUGCGGCCUACCAUGCUGAAAGUGACACAGAUGCUCGAUGGAUCCGUCACAAUCCCCACUCCCCCUGACCCAUCUUCCUUCAUCAGCUCACUCCAAUAG